GUGAUACAGGGGUCAAACUUUCCUCAUGUCUCUCCAAACCUGUAUUCCUUGAGGUUCAGCAUGUUUGGGUGAACAGAGGCACUGCAACCAAAAGAGUACUUUGUAAAUCACUUGCAGACUUCAUUCUACAGUUUUGACUUUCUGUACAUAUGGUUUGUCUUUAUUUUUUUUCCCCAGUACCGUUCUCUACAAGCCAUAGCUUACUGGUAAGUUGAUGCAGAUAUGGGUAAGUAGUCGUGCUUUUCUCUCUUUUUUUUCCUGUUAGAAGGAUUGACUUAUCAACAUGAAUCAGACUGCAAAGCACAACUGUUUUGAUAUUUCAAAAAAGAAAAUCCGGUGUUAUGGAUCAAAAUUAUAAUAAAGAAAAGCCUGUGGGGGUUGUUAACUACAAGUCAUAGUGUAAUUUUUGAACUUUCUAAAUUUUACAAGAGUCACUUGAUCCAGAACAGAUCAGUAAAUGAAAUUCAUUUGUGCCAACAGGAUGCAGUUUAAUUAUGGAGUGAUUUCACACAUUGAAGCUGCAAAUUAUUAUGCCAAAGAGAUUUAAGGAUGGAAAAUUGGAUCAAAGUUAAGGGGGAAUACAAACACCUACUGUAAAAUUUUAAAUGGGUUUUGCUGAUGUGAGAUGAUUUUAUGUGCAAAAUAGAUUUUAAGUUCAAGCCUGAGCUGAGCUUUUGUGUCUUUCACUUCAAAUAGGUCCUCACUUCAAAGGCUUGUAUGCUGCUGUUAACAGCUGGAUAGACACACUGCUGAGGACGACUGCUGUCAAGUUCAUUGGACCAUUGCAUUGUAGUAGCUUUUUUGACCAGAUAGUGGCACUAUUAAGCUCCAACAAAGUGUCUGAGAGCUCCAUAUCUCUGGUUUAGAGUUCACUCAAUUUGUCCUCAAUGACGAGAUAAACAGCAGUGAGGAACUGUGAAAACUAUUGUAAAUAAAUAUAAGAAAUCAAUAUUUUAUGGUGACUGGACACAAGUGAGUGACAUCCAACUUCAACUGAUGAUAUGAGAUCACAUUCAGCACCUUAAUGUUCCUGGUUUUAGUCACUGUCCUGAUUUUCUGUCAUUUUAACCCAAUGGAGAGUAGUCUAAAAUCAUUGGCCCCUGCUUUUUGUUAAUGAAAGUUUACCAGCAUUUCAAUUGUUCUGGCUGAUGUUUAGGACAAAAAUAUAAGCUGCUAGGGUCAUGAAAAAACAACAGUGUAGAAAUACCUUAUUAUAAGUGGGCUAAAGUGUCUGCAUUCAUAAUAUUACCCAAGUGAAAGUGUUAUGACUGGAAUAGUAGUGAUGCACAGCAAGUAAGUAAUAAUGCAGGUGCUUGGGUUGAUGUUAAUUUAGACUUAAAGUAUAUAUUAAGGCCAUACAUGUCGAUGCCAACUAAAACAGUCAACUAAAGUAAGAAUGAAUAAAAUUCAGAACAUUGCAGUGUUUCCCUUGAAGGUGUGAAGUGAGGAGACUUUUUUUCCCACCUAUUUCUUCAUGAUCUUGAUUUUUUUUUUCUGGCCAGUGUGGCUCAGAGACAAGAACCUUUGCACUUGUAUUUUGGGUCAUCUAAAACAGCACCAGAUUUGGACUGAGUGAAUUUCGGGAAGGCUACAGUUACGUUUUGAGAUCCCUGUCCAGCUCCCCUCACUCCAGUCUCGUGCCCGUCGCGCCCCGGUCUCCCGGGAGAUGGGAAUGAGAAGGGGCAGCACGCAGACUCCUCUCGCGCAUUGGAAUGGGAGCCCGCCCCUCUCCCUCGAGGAGCCCCCCAGGCGUGACCAAUGGAACAUAGAGUCUCCAUUGUGGCCGCGACACUUUAAUAAUCGCCAGCUACAAUAUCCAACCUGUCGGUAGCUUCAGGAGCCCGGCCCGACCCGUUGGAUGGGGGGCUUGUAGGUGGGACGAGGGGGCGAACGCUCGGCGCCAGACCUCUAGCCCGCAAGACGUCCCCAUGAUGAAUACAUGAAUAAAAAUAGAAAAGAUUGAUGUCAGGUUAUCUCCCGAAAUUAUGGGAUUUCUCCCCACAAAUUGCAUUUUCCCACAAUUUUCAGUUACCCAUAGGAGGCUCGUUUUGCCGCAUAAUGAAACAAAACCCAUAUAAUACUUAAGAAAGUCUGUUUAUGCACAAUUUGUGAUUUUGAACACAUUUUUAGUUGUCUAUUUUAUGCUACCAACACAACGUCUGGACUAGGCGAGUGCAUGAACCUUGCCCCCUUGAUCAUUGUGCCGCGCACAUUGGGCUACUGUAUGUAGCCCAGACUCUGUCCUUCUAAUGCCAAAUCGACCGUGGCAAUUAGGCUUAACAGCCAAUUGGAACCCAGCAAUUAGCCCAAUUGUUCAUUUGUCAGGUUAGCCUUAAAGUUUGCAUCUCGGUAAGCAUGGUAGCUUUGAUCAGCAGGCCUCAGGUGGUUUACCCAAACAUGUAAUUUGUGUAAAGUUCCUCUUCCCUUCCUGCAGUUUUACAGUCUAUGCCCUCAACGUGUGUCCACAUUCAAAUUGUAAAGAUUGUGUGUGUGCGUGCGUGCGUGCGCGUGUGUACCUCUGCAGCUCGUGUCAGUAGGCUACGGAAACAGUGUUGAGCGCGAGACCCCUGCUCAUGUUUCCGUUCCCUGUGAAGCCCUUUUUUUACCGACAGGGCGUUCCGAGAGCUGGAUCAAAAGGUUUUAGAGCCGCUACAAAAGAAAAAUGGAAACUGGAGAUGAUCUUAGAAUGAAUGAAUGAAUUGACAAUGGGCGCGAGAGCCCCAGGAAUGACAACAUUUUUUGACUUUUUUUUUUUUUUUUUUUUACUCCUAACUGGCUUUUGGUCAAAUUUUACUCACCCCAAAUACUGUGUUCAUUUUCUACAACAUACCUACUCGUACUUUUAAGCCAACUGUUGAAGGAUGAAAUGCAGUUAUUCGAGAAAAAAUAAGAGAAAUAUAUAUAAUUUACUCGUCUUACACUUACCAUAUAGGCUAGUGGCUAUUAAAACUAUGCCUGUGAUAUAUUUUCCUCUGUGUUAGCUGAAACGUUAGCGUCGGGUGGUUUUGGUGGAAAGUUAUGAAUUAAUCAGGUUUAACUGCUCCUAUAGAAGCGAGGAAUAGUCUACACUGAUGAAGGAGACAAAUGAACCUCUCCAGUCCCCCCUCUCCUCCCUUUUCUCCCCCCUCUGUCAUGUCUCAGAUGUAGCAUGGACAGGUAGGAAUUCUGUCCCAUGCAUGUAGGCUGCGUCUGUCUCGCGCUGUCCACGCUCCCUACCUCACUUGCACGUGCGUCCUGUGGGAGGGUCCCCUUACCUCCCUUUGCGUUAAACAGCCGUCCGGUCGUAACGUUAUCAUAAACAGUCCGGGGCUUCGGGGGGGCCGUAAUCACCUCUCUCGGGCUUAACCGAGACUUCUCAUUGGACGUCAACACGCGACCAGCGCGAGGAGGGGGGCUUCCAGACGCGUGCCGCUUUUUAAACCGACGCCGCGCCUCGAGACACCAGAGAAGGAGUCCCGCACGCGACAAGUCAUAUUCAACACAGUACGACAGCGGAGCAGCAGCGCGCGCCUCCUAGAACUUUUCAUUUCCCAGUUUUCUUCGGAAUCAGUUGUUUUGUUUGGGGGGAAGGAAACAUGGAUGUCCUAACUGUUGAAAACUGGGGCAAAAGCGCACUGGAGGUGGCAGCCCUGGAGUCGCGGAGGCAGCAGCAGCAUCACGGCUGCGGAAGCCCGGGAGCGGCGGACAGAGAGAAGCAACCCGAGGAGUCCCGCUACGAAACUGGACUGACGCUCGUGGACGGCGGCAGUGACCCACGCGCCUGGCUGGCUCCGUCUUCCGGCACCUGCGCGGCACACGCCACUUCACCCGAAUACCUGCGGCACUCGCCCUGCCCGAGUACCGGCUCCUAUCACGAGAGCAACUCCCCGGGGUCUCCAGGCCAUCCCAGCCCUCCCAGCUACAGAAAGUCUGCCAAGAGCCCCUCCUCUUCCUCGCUCAAAGUCAGGGACCUGUGCCGCCUUAAAGGCACGAUCACCGGGCCCGAAGAGGAGGCCUCCGUGAGACAGAGAGCCCCGUCCAGCAAACCGGUCAACGGGAUCCAGAGGCAGAGGCGAGUGGCCGCGAACGCCCGCGAGAGGAGGCGCAUGCACGGGCUGAACCACGCGUUUGACGAGCUGCGCAGCGUCAUUCCGGCGUUUGACAACGAUAAGAAGCUCUCCAAGUAUGAAACUUUGCAGAUGGCGCAGAUUUACAUCAACGCCCUUGCUGAGUUGCUCCAAGGUCCGGUCUCCUCCUCCUCCAGCAGCAGCAGCAGCAGCAGUAGCAGCAGCAACGACAUCUCCAACAAUAACCAUUCGCCAAAGUGUGACAUUAUGCUUUCAUCUACGGUAGGCUUCGACGGGGCGAAGGACAGAGCUGCACCGUCUCCCACCACCUGCAGGUCGGCGGCGGGUGUCUCAGGUGGUAGCUUACCUGUUCACCUCAGCGGGAUGCCUUUCCGGUCUUCCUUCGACGAGAGUUCGUUUUCGGCCAGAGCUGAAAAAGCGAUGUGUUCGCUCUCCCCUCCGUCCUCCUCCACCCGGGCAGGCAGCUCGCAGUUCGGAAGCGAAAGGAAAGAGUCUCCCCGGAGCGACGGAGAGUUUUCCCCGCACUCCCACUUCAGUGACUCGGAUGAAAUAGCGAUGGAGCUUCACUCAAGUGAAGAAGACGACCUGUCAGAACUGAAGCUACCCACCCACCAUCACCACGCUGUUUCUUUUUAAAUAAUUAUAAAUAAAUCUAACAGACUACAUUAAAGCUUCACUCUAGCCUACAGCUAAAUAAUGUCUAUAAACCGUGUCAAUCAUCCUCCCGAGCCUUCACCUGUCUGUUGCUGACAGAAUACAUUUUUAAGAAUGAAUUGCUUUUUCAGAAAAAAAAAAUCAUAUUCAAUUUUUAACAAUAAUUCUAUUUUACAUCGUCUAAAGAUUAUUUUUUAUGUGAGAUAGGCCUAAUUCGGUUCUGCCAAUACAUUUGUAUCCUAUAAUUUCCAGUUUCCAUGGAGACGUGGCUGGAAGACCCCUCUGCCAUGUCGCAUGUAGCACUGCCAUGGGUAUUUCCCACGUCUCUCCAACCAAAAAAAAAAAACCUGUCUUCCACAAAAACACAUGAAUAACUACUUAUAUUUGAUAAUGUAAAGACAUGUUUUUGUAGCUCUGAUAUGAGUUUUGUUGUGAUUUAUGUUUUUAAUUGAGAAUUUGUUUGUAUAGGCUAAUGUAUUUUGUUUUUUGCAACUUCAAAAGUUCAUAAUGUGCACUUUAAAAUACACGAGCCAGAGGCUUCAGAAACGAGACUUUUGUUUUCAUACCAUAAACAAUAUAGUUUUGCUUUGUUUGCUAGUGUAGUACUGCCAAUUCCAUACAAAUAGCCUAUUUAAUGUAGCCAUCAUUGCUGCCUUCUUUUGUAUUUUCUUUUGUAUCUUCAGAUGUGUGUCUUUUUUGUUUCUUUCACUGGAUGAGAUUAAUUGAUGUAAUGUAUUUAUUGCUGAUAUGUUUCAUUUGAUUUGCUUUUUAUAACUUCAUAGUUAAAGUUGCUGGGGAAAAAAGCAAUCAUUCUUGCCAUUCUUUGUUAUGUUCAUUUGAUUUUGAGAAUAAAAAAGGAAA